AUGGCCCGUCGACCUCCGUCGUUGGAGUCCGUGAAGUCUUUAGGCUCCCCCAUUGACCCGAAUCUUAGGAAAAAGGUUGCCGUCGUCGGCAGUGGAUGCGCCGGCAUCGCCGCCCUCUGGGCCUUGAACCGGAGUUAUCACGAUGUCUACAUGUAUGAGGCCUCGUCGAGGCUUGGCGGACACACCAAUACGGUGACAUGGAAAAGUGGAAAGUUCGAGACGAGCGUCGACACGGGCUUCAUCGUCCUCAACGCCGCGACGUAUCCAAAUUUCAUCAACUUCCUCAAGAAGGUCAAGGUGGAAACGGUGCCGACAGAGAUGACGUUCGGUGUUACUCGCGACCACGGAUUAUUUGAGUGGGCCGGUACGAGUCUGGAUGCCGUCUUUUGCCAACGAAAGAACAUCUUUUCGCUGCGCAUGUGGAGGAUGAUCUUCGAUAUCGUUCGAUUUAACCAGUUUGCCAUGGACCUGCUGAUGUCCGAUGACGAGAACGACGCCGCUGCGAUGAACGGUGACAGCAAGGGGGCUAAGAGGGAAGAGACCAUCGGCGAGUACCUCGAGAGGGAAGGCUACUCAGAUGCCUUCAGAGACGACUACCUUAUUCCCAUGACGGCUGCCGUAUGGAGUACGAGCCCCGAUAAGUGCACGCUGGACUUUCCGGCAGUCACUCUCGUCCGCUUCAUGUGGAACCACCAUCUCCUUUCAACGGUCUCUGCGAGACCGCAGUGGCUCACUCUCAAGAAGUGCGGAAAGUCCUACAUCGACGCCGUCAUGAACGGCUUUCCCUCCAACCACCUUUUCCUCAACACACAAGUAACUCAGGUCACGAGCGAGGAGGACGGCAGGGUGCGAGUGCAUGCUCACAACGGCAAAUCCGACGUUUACGACCACGUCAUCCUGGCGACACACGGAGAUCAGGCGCUCAGGAUCAUCGGGUCAUCAGCGACGCCGGAAGAGAAGGAGAUCCUGUCCGCGUUCCAGACAUCCGAGAACUCGGUCGUCCUCCACUCCGACCUAUCUCACAUGCCGGCCUCCGAGAAGGCCUGGACCAGCUGGAACUACCUCACCCUCUCCUCGCCCUCUACUGGCAAGCAGAACAUCGACCAAGUGUCCCUGACGUACAACAUGAACAUCCUGCAACACAUCCCCCGCGAGACCUUCGGCGACGUCCUGGUUACUAUGAACCCACUGCAACCACCGAGCCCGGAUACGGUCCAGGGAAGCUUCACCUACCGACACCCUCUGUACACGCCCGCGGCAGUGCGCGCGCAGAAGCUCCUCCCGCGCAUCCAGAACAAGCGCGGCAUCAGUUACGCCGGAGCGUGGACGAAAUACGGCUUUCACGAGGACGGCUUCAGCAGCGGUUUGCACAUCGCGCAGGACCACCUGUACGCGAAGCUGCCGUUCCAGUUCGUGGACUCGACGUACAGCCGCGGUAGGAAACCGUCGCUUGGACUGGCGGAUUUGCUGGUGAGGCUCAUCAUUCUGCUUAUUCAAGUUUUCGUUGUAAGAGUGCUGGAGAGAGCUUUCGGCGUGGCGAAGAGGGUUGUGAGUCCUCGUGCGGAGCGCCUGAAAAGGACAUUGAAGAACGGGAAAGCUGCGUAA